GUUUCCUAUCCAAUUCUUCCACUUCCAUCGGUCGAGAAUUACAAUCAGUAAUUGACCCUCAUUAUCAUCGCUGUCCUCGAUCAUCCACUGAAACGAAGAAGCAAAAUGAAUCCAGAGUUUAAAGAUGAGACGAAGAUAGAACAAGAAAGUAUUAUACCAGAAUUGAUAAUGGCAGAUAUCAAGAAGGAGGAAGAUGAUUUUCUCAUUAAAUUAGAAAUGUAUUCAAAUCCUUCCGAAAUGCAGCACCUUGCCCAAGAAUCAUUUACGGAACACCGUCAAGAAUUUAAUUCUACAAUAUCUGACUACACAAAUAAAGACCAAACAUCUUCACAGAUUGUAAAAAACAAUAAUGAGUUAAGACUUUGCCAAACCUCUGCUGCCGAAACAGAGUGGUUGAAAGUAACCCAAAAACAAUCAAAAUGCUCUGAAACUUCUUACGGCACCGAAACAAAAUUGACAAUGCUUCUCGAUGUGCCGUUUUAUACCAGUGAAAUACGGUUUAACUGUUCUGAAUGUCCAUACAGUACAAGCCGAAAAUCAUACUUAGCUUCCCAUCAGAAAAGUCAUACCGGAGAAAAACCGUUUAAAUGUUCUGAUUGUUCCUAUAGUGCUGCCCAAAAAUCAGCUUUAGUUUUACAUCAUAGGACUCAUAUCAAAGAAAAACUGAUUACAUGUUCUGAAAUUAUGCAAAGCAAUGAUGAGUCAACACUUCGCCAAAUUUCUGCUGCCGAAACAGAGUGGAUGAAAGGAAUCCAAAAACAAUUAAAAUUGUUUGAAACUUCUUACAGUGAAAAACAGUUUAAAUGUUCCAAAUGUCAAUACAGCACAAGCCAAAAAUCAACUUUGGUUGUACAUCAGUGGACUCAUGCCGGAGAAACCCCUUACAAAUGUAAAAAAUGUUCCUACAGUGCAAGGCAAAAACUAUCUUUACUUUUACAUCAGAGGACUCAUACCGAAGAAAAACCAUAUAAAUGUAAUAUAUGUUCCUACAGUGCAAGGCAAAAAUCAUCUUUAGUUUUACAUCAGCUGACUCAUACCGGAGAAACCCCUUACAAAUGUUCUAAAUGUUCCUACAGUGCAAGGCGAAAAUCAUCAUUAAUUACACACCAGAGGACUCAUACCGGAGAAAAACCAUAUAAAUGCUCUGAAUGUUCCUACAGUGCUAGCCAAAAAUCAUCUUUAGUUCGACAUCAGAGGACUCAUACCAAAGAAAAACCAUAUAAAUGCUCUGAGUGUUCCUACAGUGCUAGCCAAAAAUCACACUUAGUUUCUCAUAAGAAAACUCAUUCCAGAGAAAAAUCUUUUAAAUGUUCUGAUUGUUCCUAUAGUGCUAGCCAAAGAUCACACUUAAUUUCCCAUCAGAUGAGUCAUACCGGCGAAAAACCAUAUCAAUGUUCUAAAUGUUCCUACAGUGCAUGCCAAAAAUCAACUUUAGUUGUACAUCAGCGGACUCAUACUGGCGAAGAACCAUUUAAAUGCUUUGAAUGUUCCUACAGGACUAGCUGGAAAUCAUCUUUAGUUUUACAUCAGAAGAAACAUGGCCAUCAAUCAUCGGAAUGUCUUUCUAAUAGUGUUAGCCAUAAGUCAAUUUUGGGUUCCCAUCAGCGGAACGGAGAAAAAUCACAAACUUUUCAUGAAAGCAGCAUGGUUUCCAAUUCUAUACAAAACAUCGAUAGUGUUGGCGGCCCCAUUUUCGUCAAGCCUCUACCUUUCGUGAAACCUGUAACAUUUGCAAAGCGUUCAACCUUAGCUAACUCCAUUCCAUCCAGUUAAAGCUUAUAAACUGAUGUUUAAUGAUGUGUAUUUUGAUAUUCACUUAUCUUACGAAUGUUAUUUAAGUCAAAUAUUACUUUCAUUUUUCUAAAUCCACCGC